UUGCAGGCUCCCACAUUGACUUGGAUCUCCCCAAACUCUGUGGUCUCACCUGGAGAAGUCCUUCAGCUCACAUGUACCACACCCGGCCCAACGUGCAUCUCUGUAGACUUCAGUUUGUAUAAAACUGGGACAUCAAUAAUGACACAAACUGCAGAUUCUACAACAACAUUUACUCUGACUGUAGAUGCCUCACAUCAGGGCCAGUACACCUGUGUCUAUUCAUACAGGGAAAGUACCUCCAUAUCAUCCAGGAGCAACUCCAUUAACAUCACUGUAGUAAACUUACAGCAGCCCAACAUCUCCUUCACUGCCACUGGUGGAUGGUUCCACUGGGGGCCUAACGGACCAGAAGUGACUAUUGGCUACGGAUUCUCCGUCAUUUGCUCCAUUAAAGCUCAGUAUCCAGGAGGUUCCUUUCACUUGGCGAUCAGCGGAUCCAACAUCACCAGGACUCAGUCAGCUGUUAAUCACUCAGCUGUCUUCCUUUUUCCUAAGGCAGAUUGUGUCCAUCAGGGAAACUACAACUGUACUUAUGAAGUUAACGUGUCUUCACGUACCUUUACUUCCACCAAACUGCUGGCCAUCACUGUGAAAGGCUGUAAUGAGAUCAGAGUGGUGAAUGGGCCGAGGAGCUGUUGCGGUCGAGUGGAGAUCCAGCACAGAGCCCAGUGGGGAACAGUGUGUGAUGAUGAUUGGGACUUAAAGGAUGCAGAGGUGGUGUGUAGACAGCUUGGAUGUGGUAAAGCCGUCAGCGCUCCUCAAAGUGCCCACUUUGGCGAGGGAAGUGAACCAACCUGGCUGGAUAAUGUGCAGUGUAAUGGAACUGAGAGCUACACAGAUCAGUGCUCACACAAUGGAUUUGGAAUAGAGAACUGUGGACAUGGUGAAGAUGCUGGAGUUGUGUGCUCAAACUUGCAGGCUCCCACAUUGACUUGGAUCUCCCCAAACUCUGUGGUCUCACCUGGAGAAGUCCUUCAGCUCACAUGUACCACACCCGGCCCAACGUGCAUCUCUGUAGACUUCAGUUUGUAUAAAACUGGGACAUCAAUAAUGACACAAACUGCAGAUUCUACAACAACAUUUACUCUGACUGUAGAUGCCUCACAUCAGGGCCAGUACACCUGUGUCUAUUCAUACAGGGAAAGUACCUCCAUAUCAUCCAGGAGCAACUCCAUUAACAUCACUGUAGUAAACUUACAGCAGCCCAACAUCUCCUUCACUGCCACUGGUGGAUGGUUCCACUGGGGGCCUAACGGACCAGAAGUGACUAUUGGCUACGGAUUCUCCGUCAUUUGCUCCAUUAAAGCUCAGUAUCCAGGAGGUUCCUUUCACUUGGCGAUCAGCGGAUCCAACAUCACCAGGACUCAGUCAGCUGUUAAUCACUCAGCUGUCUUCCUUUUUCCUAAGGCAGAUUGUGUCCAUCAGGGAAACUACAACUGUACUUAUGAAGUUAACGUGUCUUCACGUACCUUUACUUCCACCAAACUGCUGGCCAUCACUGUGAAAGGCUGUAAUGAGAUCAGAGUGGUGAAUGGGCCGAGGAGCUGUUGCGGUCGAGUGGAGAUCCAGCACAGAGCCCAGUGGGGAACAGUGUGUGAUGAUGACUGGGACUUAAAGGAUGCAGAGGUGGUGUGUAGACAGCUUGGAUGUGGUAAAGCCGUCAGCGCUCCUCAAAGUGCCCACUUUGGCGAGGGAAGUGAACCAACCUGGCUGGAUAAUGUGCAGUGUAAUGGAACUGAGAGCUACAUAGAUCAGUGCUCACACAAUGGAUUUGGAAUAGAGAACUGUGGACAUGGUGAAGAUGCUGGAGUUGUGUGCUCAAACUUGCAGGCUCCCACAUUGACUUGGAUCUCCCCAAACUCUGUGGUCUCACCUGGAGAAGUCCUUCAGCUCACAUGUACCACACCCGGCCCAACGUGCAUCUCUGUAGACUUCAGUUUGUAUAAAACUGGGACAUCAAUAAUGACACAAACUGCAGAUUCUACAACAACAUUUACUCUGACUGUAGAUGCCUCACAUCAGGGCCAGUACACCUGUGUCUAUUCAUACAGGGAAAGUACCUCCAUAUCAUCCAGGAGCAACUCCAUUAACAUCACUGUAGUAAACUUACAGCAGCCCAACAUCUCCUUCACUGCCACUGGUGGAUGGUUCCACUGGGGGCCUAACGGACCAGAAGUGACUAUUGGCUACGGAUUCUCCGUCAUUUGCUCCAUUAAAGCUCAGUAUCCAGGAGGUUCCUUUCACUUGGCGAUCAGCGGAUCCAACAUCACCAGGACUCAGUCAGCUGUUAAUCACUCAGCUGUCUUCCUUUUUCCUAAGGCAGAUUGUGUCCAUCAGGGAAACUACAACUGUACUUAUGAAGUUAACGUGUCUUCACGUACCUUUACUUCCACCAAACUGCUGGCCAUCACUGUGAAAGGCUGUAAUGAGAUCAGAGUGGUGAAUGGGCCGAGGAGCUGUUGCGGUCGAGUGGAGAUCCAGCACAGAGCCCAGUGGGGAACAGUGUGUGAUGAUGACUGGGACUUAAAGGAUGCAGAGGUGGUGUGUAGACAGCUUGGAUGUGGUAAAGCCGUCAGCGCUCCUCAAAGUGCCCACUUUGGCGAGGGAAGUGAACCAACCUGGCUGGAUAAUGUGCAGUGUAAUGGAACUGAGAGCUACAUAGAUCAGUGCUCACACAAUGGAUUUGGAAUAGAGAACUGUGGACAUGGUGAAGAUGCUGGAGUUGUGUGCUCAAGCUGUAAUGAGAUCAGAGUGGUGAAUGGGCCGAGGAGCUGUUGCGGUCGAGUGGAGAUCCAGCACAGAGCCCAGUGGGGAACAGUGUGUGAUGAUGACUGGGACUUAAAGGAUGCAGAGGUGGUGUGUAGACAGCUUGGAUGUGGUAAAGCCGUCAGCGCUCCUCAAAGUGCCCACUUUGGCGAGGGAAGUGAACCAACCUGGCUGGAUAAUGUGCAGUGUAAUGGAACUGAGAGCUACAUAGAUCAGUGCUCACACAAUGGAUUUGGAAUAGAGAACUGUGGACAUGGUGAAGAUGCUGGAGUUGUGUGCUCAAACUUGCAGGCUCCCACAUUGACUUGGAUCUCCCCAAACUCUGUGGUCUCACCUGGAGAAGUCCUUCAGCUCACAUGUACCACACCCGGCCCAACGUGCAUCUCUGUAGACUUCAGUUUGUAUAAAACUGGGACAUCAAUAAUGACACAAACUGCAGAUUCUACAACAACAUUUACUCUGACUGUAGAUGCCUCACAUCAGGGCCAGUACACCUGUGUCUAUUCAUACAGGGAAAGUACCUCCAUAUCAUCCAGGAGCAACUCCAUUAACAUCACUGUAGUAAACUUACAGCAGCCCAACAUCUCCUUCACUGCCACUGGUGGAUGGUUCCACUGGGGGCCUAACGGACCAGAAGUGACUAUUGGCUACGGAUUCUCCGUCAUUUGCUCCAUUAAAGCUCAGUAUCCAGGAGGUUCCUUUCACUUGGCGAUCAGCGGAUCCAACAUCACCAGGACUCAGUCAGCUGUUAAUCACUCAGCUGUCUUCCUUUUUCCUAAGGCAGAUUGUGUCCAUCAGGGAAACUACAACUGUACUUAUGAAGUUAACGUGUCUUCACGUACCUUUACUUCCACCAAACUGCUGGCCAUCACUGUGAAAGGCUGUUAUGAGAUCAGAGUGGUGAAUGGGCCGAGGAGCUGUUGCGGUCGAGUGGAGAUCCAGCACAGAGCCCAGUGGGGAACAGUGUGUGAUGAUGAUUGGGACUUAAAGGAUGCAGAGGUGGUGUGUAGACAGCUUGGAUGUGGUAAAGCCGUCAGCGCUCCUCAAAGUGCCCACUUUGGCGAGGGAAGUGAACCAACCUGGCUGGAUAAUGUGCAGUGUAAUGGAACUGAGAGCUACAUAGAUCAGUGCUCACACAAUGGAUUUGGAAUAGAGAACUGUGGACAUGGUGAAGAUGCUGGAGUUGUGUGCUCAAGCUGUUAUGAGAUCAGAGUGGUGAAUGGGCCGAGGAGCUGUUGCGGUCGAGUGGAGAUCCAGCACAGAGCCCAGUGGGGAACAGUGUGUGAUGAUGAUUGGGACUUAAAGGAUGCAGAGGUGGUGUGUAGACAGCUUGGAUGUGGUAAAGCCGUCAGCGCUCCUCAAAGUGCCCACUUUGGCGAGGGAAGUGAACCAACCUGGCUGGAUAAUGUGCAGUGUAAUGGAACUGAGAGCUACAUAGAUCAGUGCUCACACAAUGGAUUUGGAAUAGAGAACUGUGGACAUGGUGAAGAUGCUGGAGUUGUGUGCUCAAACUUGCAGGCUCCCACAUUGACUUGGAUCUCCCCAAACUCUGUGGUCUCACCUGGAGAAGUCCUUCAGCUCACAUGUACCACACCCGGCCCAACGUGCAUCUCUGUAGACUUCAGUUUGUAUAAAACUGGGACAUCAAUAAUGACACAAACUGCAGAUUCUACAACAACAUUUACUCUGACUGUAGAUGCCUCACAUCAGGGCCAGUACACCUGUGUCUAUUCAUACAGGGAAAGUACCUCCAUAUCAUCCAGGAGCAACUCCAUUAACAUCACUGUAGUAAACUUACAGCAGCCCAACAUCUCCUUCACUGCCACUGGUGGAUGGUUCCACUGGGGGCCUAACGGACCAGAAGUGACUAUUGGCUACGGAUUCUCCGUCAUUUGCUCCAUUAAAGCUCAGUAUCCAGGAGGUUCCUUUCACUUGGCGAUCAGCGGAUCCAACAUCACCAGGACUCAGUCAGCUGUUAAUCACUCAGCUGUCUUCCUUUUUCCUAAGGCAGAUUGUGUCCAUCAGGGAAACUACAACUGUACUUAUGAAGUUAACGUGUCUUCACGUACCUUUACUUCCACCAAACUGCUGGCCAUCACUGUGAAAGGCUGUAAUGAGAUCAGAGUGGUGAAUGGGGCGAGGAGCUGUUGCGGUCGAGUGGAGAUCCAGCACAGAGCCCAGUGGGGAACAGUGUGUGAUGAUGAUUGGGACUUAAAGGAUGCAGAGGUGGUGUGUAGACAGCUUGGAUGUGGUAAAGCCGUCAGCGCUCCUCAAAGUGCCCACUUUGGCGAGGGAAGUGAACCAACCUGGCUGGAUAAUGUGCAGUGUAAUGGAACUGAGAGCUACAUAGAUCAGUGCUCACACAAUGGAUUUGGAAUAGAGAACUGUGGACAUGGUGAAGAUGCUGGAGUUGUGUGCUCAAACUUGCAGGCUCCCACAUUGACUUGGAUCUCCCCAAACUCUGUGGUCUCACCUGGAGAAGUCCUUCAGCUCACAUGUACCACACCCGGCCCAACGUGCAUCUCUGUAGACUUCAGUUUGUAUAAAACUGGGACAUCAAUAAUGACACAAACUGCAGAUUCUACAACAACAUUUACUCUGACUGUAGAUGCCUCACAUCAGGGCCAGUACACCUGUGUCUAUUCAUACAGGGAAAGUACCUCCAUAUCAUCCAGGAGCAACUCCAUUAACAUCACUGUAGUAAACUUACAGCAGCCCAACAUCUCCUUCACUGCCACUGGUGGAUGGUUCCACUGGGGGCCUAACGGACCAGAAGUGACUAUUGGCUACGGAUUCUCCGUCAUUUGCUCCAUUAAAGCUCAGUAUCCAGGAGGUUCCUUUCACUUGGCGAUCAGCGGAUCCAACAUCACCAGGACUCAGUCAGCUGUUAAUCACUCAGCUGUCUUCCUUUUUCCUAAGGCAGAUUGUGUCCAUCAGGGAAACUACAACUGUACUUAUGAAGUUAACGUGUCUUCACGUACCUUUACUUCCACCAAACUGCUGGCCAUCACUGUGAAAGGCUGUUAUGAGAUCAGAGUGGUGAAUGGGCCGAGGAGCUGUUGCGGUCGAGUGGAGAUCCAGCACAGAGCCCAGUGGGGAACAGUGUGUGAUGAUGAUUGGGACUUAAAGGAUGCAGAGGUGGUGUGUAGACAGCUUGGAUGUGGUAAAGCCGUCAGCGCUCCUCAAAGUGCCCACUUUGGCGAGGGAAGUGAACCAACCUGGCUGGAUAAUGUGCAGUGUAAUGGAACUGAGAGCUACAUAGAUCAGUGCUCACACAAUGGAUUUGGAAUAGAGAACUGUGGACAUGGUGAAGAUGCUGGAGUUGUGUGCUCAAGCUCCCACAUUGACUUGGAUCUCCCCAAACUCUGUGGUCUCACCUGGAGAAGUCCUUCAGCUCACAUGUACCACACCCGGCCCAACGUGCAUCUCUGUAGACUUCAGUUUGUAUAA